AUGAGCCAGCCGCUGCCCGAGCCGGAACCGCAGUACCCUUGCGAGCCCGACUACCCCCCGUGUGACCCCUGCGUCCCCGUGCCGCCGUGCGACCCCUGCCCGGAGCCGUGCGACCCCUGCCCGGAAGAGGGCGGCGUCGUCCAGAUAGGACCCUGCAACCCGUGCGAGCCUCCUGUCAACUACGUGUACGGACAAGCGCCGGCAG